AUGGCGGAUAUCAGCCUCAGCAACCACCACAACGACAAGCUACACGCCAACAGCGAAAUAGCUUAUAUUCCUGUACAAGCUAGACGCAGUCUUACUGCUCACGUCGAUCACAACGCUACAUCAUCUUCACAGAGUCAAAACAUGACCGCCACCCGAUCAGAAACUCCGGAGCAAGAGCGGAAACGCAUCGAAUGGCCUCAACCUGUGCGGAAGUACGUCCAGCGCAGUUUCGAUCAAGAAAACCAAAUUGCCAGUGUUUCCAAACCAGAACUUGAGAAAAUGUUAAAGAAAGUUAUCACGGAAGCAGCCAGAAACGAUACUCUCGAUACUAUUAAUUGGGAUUCCCUGCCUUUGCCGCAGGUUAUGAUACAGAAUGAGCGCAACUAUGUGCUGACAAACUCAUUGAGCUCGUCUCCAUGGGAUGCCGGCGCCAAUGUCGCAGCAAUGAAGUCUAGCCUAGCACAGGCAGAGCAGCAAACUAAGAAAAGAAAAUCCAACGAAUUUCAGCAGGAACGUGCGGACGACUCUCCGCCGUGGAGGAAAGCUAAUUCCCGAAAUCAGCCGGAAGAUCAAGGCUCUUAUACCCCAACUGACAAGCGGCAACGCGUAGAUUACAACCUCAAAUCCUCAAGUAAGUCCAAAGCGAGCCUGGAACUCCGGAAAAGGCGUUUUGGGGACCCUCAGGACUAUAGAGAUUCGUCUCGCUCCGAGUCCCCACUGCCCAGCGCGAUCCAAGGGCCCAUUGUGGGAAGAUGCCAGGAAUUAGAAAAGAGAUAUUUCCGGCUGACCUCGGCGCCUAACCCUGACGUUGUCCGACCAUUGCCUAUUUUGGAGAAGACUUUGGACUUUUUGAAGAAGAAAUGGCGGAAAGAGAACAACUACGGAUACAUAUGCGACCAAUUCAAAUCGCUUCGCCAAGACUUGACGGUGCAACAUAUUCGGAAUGAAUUUACGGUAAAUGUUUAUGAGAUCCAUGCGCGAAUUGCGCUGGAAAAGGGAGACCUUGGUGAGUAUAAUCAGUGUCAGACCCAGUUGCGGGCUUUGUAUGCGCAAAAGUUGGGUGGGCACCCUAUGGAAUUCAUGGCGUACCGUAUACUCUAUUUUAUCUACACACGGAACCAGACGGCCAUGAACGACGCCCUGGCAGAUCUAACCCCAGCAGAUAAAUCGGACUUGGCUGUAAAGCACGCGUUGGAUGUGAGGUCCGCUUUGGCCCUUGGUAACUACCAUCGUUUCUUUCAACUUUAUCUUGACACUCCCAAUAUGGGUGCGUACCUGAUGGACAUGUUUGUCGACCGAGAACGGCUAUCUGCGCUGGCCUGCAUUUGUAAAACAUACAAACCCGAUGUAAAAAUUCGAUUUAUCACGGAAGAACUAGGCUUUGAAUCGGACGAGCAAAGUGCACGGUUCAUCCUCGAGUAUGCUUCUGGAGAGCUGCUUGAGGAAAGAGACGGGCAUGUCAGACUCUUGACAGGCAAAGCCGGCCGACUGUUUGAAGACGCCAAAGCCCAAGCGCACAGAGUUGUCGACAUCAAGGGACAGAUUUGA